AUGGUCAACGAAGGGAAGCCAGGCAGCCCCGCCGAAGCCACCCUGGAGGGCAAGAGGAGCCGCGGCAAGAAAAGCCCGAGCGCGCGGGCGGCGGAGGCGGGCUGCCAGCUGGAGAGGACAGCCGCGGGCCCGCCACCGCCCUCGCCGGCGCAGUCCACGGGGGGCGGCAGUGGCGGCCGCUUGGCUCUGCUCGCGGGCCGAGGCUACCCUCAGAAAAACGCCGAGAUCCUAAGCAGCCAGUACGGCCUUCACCUCUUCCUGGCCGGGCUGCUGCUGAUGUUCGCCUGGGCGGUGCACGCCGAGGGCAUCGCCCAGAGCGCCGUCCUGUCGUACCUCAUCACCCUCAUGCUGCUGCAGCUCCUCUGGAUGGCGUGGUACAUCUGCCGCCGCUACGCGCAGAAGAGGCUCAUCCAGGACAAGGACACGCACGCCGGGGCGCGCUGGCUCAAGUGUGGUAUUACUUUGUUUGCAGUGAUUACUUUAAUUAUGGACUCUUUUAAAAUUGGUCACUUUGUUGGAUUUUCAAGUUGUUUGUCAGUCACAGAAGGUAUUUUUCCAGCUACACAUGCCAUUCAUACAGUUCUGCAGGUGUACUUCUUGUGGUGCCAUGCAAAGGAUAUUAUCCAGUCCUUCAAAACAUUGGAGAGGUUUGGAGUGAUCCAUUCUGUAUUUACAAAUUUGCUUUUGUGGUCAAAUGGUGUGUUAACAGAAUCAAAGCAUCAACUCAAUGAACAUAAGGAAAGGUUAAUCACUCUUGGAUUUGGAAAUAUAUCAAUAGAAUUAGAUGACCAUGCACCAGACUGUAAUUGUAGCACACCAGCCCUGUGCUCCAUAUUUUCUCAAGGAAUCUAUUACCUGUAUCCCUUCAAUAUUGAAUAUCACAUUUUAACAUCCACAAUGCUCUAUGUGCUGUGGAAGAAUAUUGGACGGAAAGUUGAGCACAUUCAUCAGCAGAAGACACCGUUUAAAUUUCAAGGCAAAACCAUGGGCACCAUUUUAGGACUUGCUGUCUUUAUUACAACAAUAGCAAUUGUAGUGGUUUAUUUGAUUCAGAUUGGCCGUUCAAAAAUACGGAGUGAAUUAGCACUGAUUAUGUUUUAUUUGUAUGCGAUUGCAGUACUGACACUCAUGUGUGCUGCUGGGAUUGUUGCUCUUCUGAUUUACAGAGUUGAAGAAAAAUCAUUGGAUGUCUCCAAAAAUCCAGCUAGGAAACUUGAUGCAGACUUAUUGGUUGGAACUGCCUCAGGAUCUUGGCUCCUUUCUUGGGGUUCCAUUCUUGCCAUUAUAUGUGCUCAGUCCCAUCCUUCCUACACAUGGUACAAUUUGCCCUUCUCAAUACUUGUUAUAAUUGAGAAAUAUAUUCAAAACCUCUUCAUAAUUGAAUCCAUACACCGAGAGCAUGAGAAGGUUAAUGAUGAUAUUAAGACCCUUCGAAUUCUAACUGUGUCCAAUGGAAGCACCUUGUCCCCUGCAGCUUCCUACAAAGAAAUAUAUAAUGGAACAGGUGGCACUGACAAUGGAGAGGUACCCCACAUGUUCAAUGGAAACAGCUACCUGCCCGAGAGCAGUGGAAGUGGUGCCCUGGAUGAAGACAAUGGUCAAGUUGCUUCUCCACUUGGUCCUUCCACUUCUGAUUUCCCCCUUAGUAGAAAUCUGAUGGUCAGCAACAAAAGAAGCAUCUUGAAGAACAUUGCAGUAUUCCUGUUUUUAUGUAACCUUUCACUUUGGAUCCCACCAGCUUUUGGCUGCCGCCCUCAGUAUGACAAUGGCUUGGAAGAAAUGGUUUUUGGAUUUGAGCCUUGGAUUAUUGUUGUUAACCUUGCCAUGCCAUUUUCCAUUUUCUACCGGAUGCACUCGGCAGCUUCUCUCUUUGAGGUCAGUUGCAAAACAUGACCUUGAUAAAUACAGCAGUCGGGAUGGAUGACUGGCUGAGAAGAUGAAUACAUCAGAAGUCCGCCCAAAGUAGAGUAUGCAAUUACAUGAAUGAAUGAAACUGAAGAAGAUGCAGACUUUCAUUGUGUGGAACACUUUGUACAUCAUCCAUCCCUCUCUCCCAGUAGUCUAGGCAAAUGUUACCACCUUGCUCCUAGUCUUGUAUGAGAGACUGCAUGUUUACUCAGAGGUAGGUCCCACUGAAUUCACUGAGGUUUAUUCCCGGGAAAGCAUGUAUAGGCUUGCAGCCGAAGGAUUCAAUUACCUGGGAGUAAGUCCGCUGAACUCAGUGGAGCUUAUUUCCAAGUAGAUAUACAUAGGAUUUCACUGUAAGUUAAUGAAAAUGUGAUUAAACCUUGUCCUGGCUAACUGUUUGAGGUUUACUAUUGGAAAACAAAAUACAUUUUGAAUAUAAUUUUACAUUGUAUUUUUUUAAUGAAAAUGAUAGUACAGUCCUAUACAUAUUGUCUCAGAAGUAAAUCUUGACUUUAAUUGGAGCUUGCAGGUAAGGGGUUGCAAGAUUGCAGUGUUAAUCAUUUCUAAGUCCUAUUGAUUGCAACAGGAAGGAAUUAAGCAUGUGCACCAGUGUGACUUUUAAUAAUUGUGGCUAUUGCCUGGGGAUAUCCAUCAUCUAAAUAUCCGUUGAGCAGAAAAUAUAAUCGGGCAGUAUAAAAAUGUAAUAAAUAAACAAACACUAAAAGCUGUGUUGUAGUAACAUGUUACAACACAGAAACAGAUAGAUACCGUCAUAGUACCACUCAUUAUGACAAAUAAAUAUUAAUGACACAAUUGUUUUGCAUUUGUUACAUGUAUUUUAUGUA